GCCUAUCCGUGGUGCGACCGCAGCCUCUGGUACGACCCGGUAAAGUACCCCCAGGUCUACCGCGAGCACUGGCGUUUCUACAUGCUGUUCCGCGCGCUCUUCUGGCACUGGGCGUUCAACGCGCCCUUGAUGAUCAAGAAGGACACGGACAACCGCCGCAAAUCGAAGCUCCGAGCGGCCAUCGCGCGCCUCCGCCUCACCAGUCUCUGCAUUGAGACUUGGGGCUACUUCGGCUUUUACCGGCUGCUCGAGGGCCACGACGACCUGUAUUGGUACGGCGGGCAAGGCAGCAAGGGCUCCGGCGAGAAGCGCACCGACAACGGCGUGUGCGCCGAAGACCUGGCCUCGCUCUACCGCACGGACUCGGAGCGCUUCGAGUUCGUCAUCGACAACGCUCUCAACCCGGCGCUGAUCGACGACUAUGGCUAUCACAGCCUACGCCACCUACUCGAGUCCACGCGCGCUCUCGACCCGAAGGCCCCAGCCGAGCACCGUCUCUCCCUCGACGCGCUCGCACGCAUCCGCAUGGACAUCAAGAGCGACGCGCCGAGAAACGCCAACUGGGUGGGAGAUGAGGACGUCGGUCCAUGGCACGUGCUGAUCGACAGCAAGAUUGUCCAAGAAACCGAGGCCAUCCUGGCCCCAGCGAUCAAGGACGGCUCGUGCCAGCCCACGUCGAUCACGACGUUCUCGCCCUCCGACAUCAAGACCGGCGACUUCUCCGAUUUCGAGGACGAUGAAGGCAAGCCGACCGCGCUCGCCCCUGCUGCUGACGACGCGUAA